AUGGCUCAUGGAAAAAGUCCAGAAACCGUUUCCAAAAUAUUGGCACCCAGCCCUUCUUCAUGCCCUGAUCCAGGACUCACGAAACAGAGCCAAGAAGAGCAGCGAGGUUUGGUGAGGGAGGCGACUGAGCAACAACCUUGUACCUUGAAGGAUGAUGACAAUGACCAGCUGACUUCUCCUGAUUCUGCAAACCACUAUUACAUGAGUUGUGACCCGAGUCCAGAGGACAUGGAGGACACCUGCUCUGAGUACGACAACGUGGGCUCGGAUGUCGAGCAGGACUAUGAUGAGGUGCUGCAUUUGAACAGGGAGGGCAUUGUGGACAUGAGGUAUUACAAACAGUACUGUCCUGAAGAUGGUGGCUAUAUAAAGCAUGCAGCAGGUGAUAAUAUUAAUGAUAACACCGGUGCUGCUGAGCAGAUCACUCCCAGGCCUCGACACAGCACAGAAAUACGUGAGGGAUCACAAUCAGACACUAAGCCGUAUAAGACGGGCCAUCGCUUUAGGUCACAUUGUGCCCCGAUUGCUGCAGAUGAAGCAGAGGGCGGCAUGAAAAAGGGCCAGGAGGACAGGUUCUUCUUCAACGAUGGAGAUGAGAUAGAAGAGGUGCUAGACGGUGCCAAAUUCAUAGAGGACUUAGAGGAGACUGAGAAUAGUGUUCAAGAGCAGACUAGCCUAUAUCAGGGCAACGAGAACGAGAGAAUUAGAAAGGGAGGUGAUGAAAGGGAAAGAGAAGACGACACCCAAGUCACAAGGAACCACAAUGUCCCAGGAGCCGGAAAGAAGUGUGAGUCAUCUCACAUGGGUUCCAAGGAGAAGGAGAGGCAGGGCAAAGGACGAGGAAGAAGGGGAACAGGAGAGGACAUUGAGCACAUUGUUUCUGGGAUCAAAGGAUGCACGACGACCAGCACCGAGCAGCGUCCAAAGACUUUGUCCAAGGACUGCAAAAAGGCCGCUGUGCGGACCAAAGUUAGGCCUGGUUCCAGUAAGCAACAUCCUCCUCCACCGCCUCGUCAUUCCCAUGCUCAGUCUCCUACCGACAGCCAGAAGGCCCAACCUCAAAGAGAGACUCCUCCUGUUCCCAAACCCAGUCCCUCCGCUGCUAACAGCCGGGAGAGUGAGCCGAGGGUUAUCAAACCAUCCCUGGCUCCUCAUCACACACCGGAACAACAGAGGGAGUCUCUAGAGGAGCGACAGAGACGGCCAGAGAAACCACAGCAGGACGACAAGCCAAGCACAGCCGCGAUGCCUGAGGACGUGCCAGAGCAGCCAAGGAGGCCUCAGUGCCCAGAGCUCGUCCCUGCGGGGGACAGUAACACUCCCAAGAAAACACAAGAGGCUGCUUCCUUCCCCAGCUUUGAGGACGUCCCAGGUCCCUGUGAGCCAGAAGAUCUCAUUGAUGGGAUCAUCUUUGCUGCUAACUACCUUGGCUGCACUCAGGUGUUGUCGGAUAAAAAUCCAUCCAAGUCUGUGCGCAUGUCCCAGGCCCACGAAGCCGUCAGUCGUAUCAAGAGCCAAGACGAAGACUCUCAGAUGAUGACAGAAGUGGACCUGUUUAUCUCUACAAAAGCUGUCAAAGUGCUGAAUGCUGAUACACAGGAGACAAUGAUGGACAGUGCCUUGCGGACCAUCUCCUAUAUCGCAGACAUUGGUAGCAUUGUGGUUCUGAUGGCUCGGAGGCGCAUGUCUCAGGCCUCAUCGGAAGAUUUUUCCGAAUCGUCCGACUCUACCAGCGACGGGAAGAGUCAGUACAGGAUGAUCUGCUAUGUGUUUGAGUCAGAGGACGCACAGCUAAUUGCACAGUCCAUUGGUCAGGCUUUCAGCGUGGCCUACAGAGAGUUCCUGCGAGCCAAUGGCAUCAACCCGACCGACUUGAGCCAGAAACAGUACAGUGACAUCAUCAACUCCCAGGAAAUGUACCACGAUGACCUCGUCCAUUUCUCAAACUCAGACAACUGUAAAGAGCUCUACGUGGAGAAGCAGAAAGGGGAGAUCCUCGGUGUGGUCAUAGUGGAGUCUGGCUGGGGCUCCAUCCUGCCCACCGUCAUCCUGGCCAGCAUGCUGAACAGCGGCCCUGCAGCUCGCUCUGGAAAACUCAGUGUGGGGGAUCAGAUUAUGUCCAUCAAUGACACCAGUCUGGUAGGGCUGCCACUGGCCACCUGUCAGGGCAUCAUCAAGGGCCUGAAGAACCAGGUGAAGGUGAAGCUGAGUAUAGUGAGCUGUCCUCCUGUCACCACCGUCCUCAUCAAGAGACCUGAUCUCAAGUUCCAGCUCGGCUUCAGCGUUCAAAAUGGCAUCAUCUGCAGUCUGAUGCGAGGCGGUAUUGCUGAGCGGGGCGGCGUUCGUGUUGGGCACAGAAUCAUUGAAAUAAAUGGUCAAAGUGUUGUUGCCAUGGCGCAUGAGAAGAUCGUCCAAACCCUGUCUGUCUCAGUGGGUGAGAUCAACAUGAAGACGAUGCCUGCUGUGAUGUUCAGGCUGCUGACAGGACAGGAGACGCCUAUCUACAUAUAGAGACCCUGCAUGGAU